AUGGAUUCUAAGCAGUUGGAGAUUGUUUAUGGGAAACGUUCACCCUUUAAUAACACUGAAGCUUUAAAAAGACUUUCAAAAUUAAAUGAAUCUUCAAUGUUGGAAGGAAUGGAAAGGGAUAUACACCUAAUUUCUGAACUUCGUUCCUGGGAACUUAAACGAAGAAGGGAUGUUGUAUUAUCGCCUAUUGUCAGUGCUCCUUUUGUUUUGGCAGCACCAAUACUUAGUCAAGCAGUUGUUCUCUCUCCUGUAGUUCUUUCACCGGUCAUUUUAACACCAGCCGUGCUUGGACCUUUUAUUCUUUCUCCAUGGGUUUUUAUUCCCGUCAUAUUGUCCCCACGUGUUUUAUCUCCACUUAUUUUGAAUCCUCUCAUCUUUUCUCCAGUGGUUCUUUCACCUCUUGUAUUGCACCCUUUUGUUCUAUCCCCGGGAGUUUUUAAUCCUUUUGUACUCAGCCCUCUCGUAUUGUCUCCGUUUAUUCUUUCUCCACAAGUUUUUACACCGUUGAUUCUGUCGCCGAUGGUUCUUAAUCCUUUAAUUCUGAAUCCAAUGGUUGGUUCUCCUCUAGUACUGUCACCCUUCGUGCUUUCACCGUUGGUCCUCUCACCUCAAGCACUUUUUGCCUUGGUUUUAUCUCCUUAUGCACUUUCUCCUAUUAUUGAAAGCAAAUUAUUCGCUACAAUUUUACUUUUUUCACCUAGCUUUCUUAGUUAA